AUGUGCACUCACUCCGACGAAUCAGACGAGGCGGCGCCCGGAUCGUCCUCACUGAGCCAACAGCCUCCCAAGAAGCAAUCCACCUCCUCCACCAAGAGGUUCUUCCGCUACGUCGCCAAAAAGUUCGGCAAGGCCUAUGAGCCUAGAUACGGUUACUUUCCCACCGAUGAGAAAGAAGACGACCGAAAUGCCAAGCUGAACCCGCAGGCGACAGUCAUCGGGGUCGACGUCGAGCCGGUGCGGCCCCGCACGGCGACACCGCGCAACUGCCAGUUCCUGCUCAUGGACGUGACCAAGGACUGGUCCGGCGUGUUCCCCGAGGGCGACGAGAAGGGCCGGGGGUUCGACCUGAUCCACGUGCGCAUGAUGGGCGACCUGCUGGCCAACACGGACGAGCUGAUGCGGUCGGUGCACGCGCACCUCAACCCGGGCGGCUGGGCCGAGUUCACCGAGUGGGUCGUCGUCAUCGAGACGCCCGACCGGUCGUGCGAGGGCGGCGCCUUCAUGCGGUGGAACCGCCUGCUGCGCCAGGGCCUCCGCCGCAUGGGCAGCUCCGUCUACUACCCGCUCAUGUACAAGGACCGGCUGCUCGACGCGGGCUUCACCAACGUGGCCGAGGUCAAGAACGCGGCGCCGAACAAUGCCUGCUACCCGGGCAAGCGCAUGCAGCGCAUCGGGAACCGCAUGGUGCGCAACUGGUUGCUGGUGCUCGAUCCCGUGUCGGUGCCCGUGUUCCACGUCCUGGGCUGGUCCCAGACAGCCCUGGACUUGUUGUUGGACGAGGUCAAGAAGGAGAUUGUAGACACGCAGAACCACUCGUACACGACCCUGCUCACCGUAUACUGUCAGAAGCCCCUCGUGGGAGGGUCGUUGGCGUCGUCAAAGAUAGAAUCCAUCCACUCAUAA